GAUCAUGUUCCAAGGUUAUACACUUAUUCAAAGUAAUUAAGUAGAAAUCAAUUGAAUGUACAUGUUCUUUUGCUUUGGUCUUAAUCUUUUUCUUCAGAUUAAUUGAAUCACUAUAAGUCAUUUUCCAUAUAGAUAUUCUCAGCAUUCAAGCAUUUUCACCUCCUAUUUUGUAAAUCUCUCAUACCACUUCUCGGAUUACUUGUUUCUCUGCGAUUCUGAGCAUUGCAUGCCUUCUAAUUGUCUCCAACAUAGAUACACUCGCCUUAGAUUUAGCUCUGAUAAAAAUGGCGUUGAAUGACUUUCUCGCGCUGGUGGCAACAUUCUAACAACAACUUCUAAGUCUAUAAUAUGCCAAGAACCAAGUCUUCGGUUCAUCCUUCAAAUCUUCAUAUAGUAUUUAAACUUACAAAGUUCCUUCUUGAACUGUGUUGGAUUGUAGCUUCAAGAUAGAUUUCACACCGUUGAUUUCCGAAAAUCUUUAUUCUUAUGCUUCUUCUUCAUUUUUUUGACAAUAUGUUUCACACACUGUCUAUGAUCAAGGUUUAGUAACUCAGAUUUAAUAGUUAUUAUGAAUCCGUGAAAUGUUACAUAAGUUAAUUUUCAGCCGUUAAAACAAGAUGUUUUGAGCACGAAUACUGAUUUACUUGCCUGUAAGCUAUUGGAUACAAGGACAAACUUGUUGCCAUCUCCAAGACUGAUAUCAUGCUGAGUCACUUGAUAAACCAUAGCCAUGUAUCCAGUCUCGUAUUGUACCACAGCCGAAGCAAACUACUAUAGCUGAUUAUUAGUGUCAUGUCCUACACAAUAAGUAAUAUAUUUUCAUUGCGACCUUUAAAAACAUUUCAUCAAGCCUUAUGAUUGGCUGAUAAUACCCUCUUCAGCAGCUUCUCAAAUCAAACAUAGAACCGAUCACAUACAUCCUCUUCAGCAGCAUUAUAAAUGGUAUCAAGAAAUACACUUGGACCCGGGUUAGUCUUCUGAAUACUCUCACAUAACCUCAGAGAUGAGAAGACUGAUAUGCCUACUCCUUGCGAAGUUAUUUCAACGCUAAUAUUCUUCCUUUUUGUCAUUGAUUCCUUGAUGCUAUUAGUUUCUACUUCUUCUUGAUAUGCUCUUGAAUAUUCUCAAGCAUUAUACGACUGUUCAAUUUAUCAAGGAAAAACUAGCUAUAACCGUACUUUUCAACGCUUACACAUUAGGCGUACAACUAUGAUAUCUAAGUUAAUCUUCAUCUUAUCCCACCUAACUUUCUGAAUGUUUCGACCUUUGCUCAACACAUUAUCAAAUACCGCCUCUUUGAACUCGAAACCCAACCAGCAAGUUGUUCCCACUUCUAGUUUUAUCGGAUUUUGUGUCUUCUAUCUCUAGCAUCGAGCUCUUCUUCCUUUUCAUUUGAGCUUUCAGAAAUUAUUUUCCUCCCAAUGAACUCUUCAUCCUCAAAAUCAGCGACUAAUUGCUCAAUGUCAUACUUGUAGCGAUUCUCAAUCUCUUCUUCCCUUCACCAUAAUUGAUAUUCUCAUUUGCAUCUUAUUUGUAUUCCUCUUUUUUUUUCAUCGUUGAAGUGUCAGCAUCAUGAUCUCUCCACUCUCAAUUUUUCUCUUCAUUAUAUGUCGUCAAAGUUACAAGAACAUGAAUCCAAGUUUCUUCAUUUCCCUCGUUGCCCUCCAUAGUCAAAGUAAGAGCAACGAAACCCAAUUUUUACCAUUUCCCUUUUUGUCCUCCACUGGCGAAGAUAUCGAUUCUCGAUUCUCAGAUGAGUACUAAACCUAAACCCACAAUUGUCACUCUCAUGAACUCGUGAUUUGUCUCGAAGAACCUUAACUGCCAAAUCUAUUUACUCUCAACAAAUACGUUGAGAGAUUUUGGCUUAUAAAUAUAUCCGGUUAGGGUGGAAUCCGAUUAGGGUCAUGAUAAGUUAAACCUGGGUCUGAUUGAUCGCGAUAUGUUUUUGGUAAACAUGAUUUGGGUAAUUGAAUGCAAUAACAUGGAAUGGAUAAAAAAUUUGGACAAACAAUCAAUUUUUAAAAAUAAAAAAUAACUUGACGGGUCUAAGAAUUUGGAUGGACCGCAUGUUGUUGUGAGUAAUACAUCAAGAAUAGUGAUGUCAAUCUCUAAAUCUCUUAUUAGUAAUUGCUAAUAAAACUUACAAACACUACUUAAGUUCAAUUAUACAUUAAUAAAAAUAAUCAGUUUAAUAAGCAAAUUAGGUAAAUUAUUUUCACAAUAUAAAUUUUUAAAAGGUUUUGUACAUUUUAGUACAUAACUUAAAUAGCUUAAACAACUCAAUACUGGACAUAGCAUUCAUAGAACAAAAAAUACUGGGGAAUAUUUUAUUGUAUAGAAAGGAAUAUGGUAAAUGCAGAAUGUGAGUCCAACUACAAAGAUACAAUUAUCUCUCUCUAUAUGGAAUAAUCGAUGUAUCUACCAAUGGACCCAAAAGCAAACACAACAACUACUAUUUUUUCUUUUGGGCACCAGACAACAACUACUCUUUUUCUUAUUUUUAUUUCACAUACCCGUACUUAUUUAUUUAUAAUUUUAUUUUGUUGUUUUUCAGCCUUUCCCUAGGCCACUAUUAACGUGUACUCUCCAAAUUCCACAAACCAAAUAAAGUUAUAAUCAAAGAACGAUGCUUCCAUUCCCCAACUACUACGUUUCAACACCAAUUAUGUCCGAGAAGAAGAACAUAAGCAGCAGCAGUAAUAGUAAGAGAAGAAAGAGGAGAUGGCCACCGACAGUCUUAUCUGGAGGGGGAAGAGGAGGGGGAGGAGGAGGAGGAGAUGAGUUAGCGACGGUGAAAGCUGCGGCGUGGGCUUGGUACCAAAGAAACGAAGGGAAACCAAUGAUUAGAGAAUUUGAUAUCACGACAAGAGCCACAAGAACACCUCGACCUUCGCGGUACAAGCUCGAAGCCAGCAAGAACAUGAUUUUAUCCGAGAAUAGGGUUUCAAAAUCCGACACUAAUCAUUUGUCGCAUGAAGAUCAAGAAACCAAGUUCUCUAGUCUUCUUGACCCUUAUGAGAUCAUGAGCAUCUCUAAAAGGAUUGACCAGGGAUCGUUACCCGCUAAUCCAACAAGUAGUUUCCGGCACGAUAUGCAGAAUAAGCUAGAAGAUGAUCAUAGUAAGAAGGAGAAUCGGGUUGUCACGAAAAUGAGCAUGAAAAACUUGUGGAAAGGAAUGAUUCUGAUGGCGGCUCCAAGGACAGUUUGUGGAAGAAGUGAUGACGUGGAUCUUGAGGCUUAUCGAGCUAACCCAAGAACAUUAAAGGUAGCACCCACGAGUGUCAAGACUCGAACCGACCGUCGUUAACUCUAUAGUCUUUAGUUAUUGUGUCUGGAUAUUUAAAUGUUAAAAAGGUCUUCUUUUAUACAACAUUUUAAGGAUUUAAGCAAGUUUUAUUGAUUACUCUUUAAGUCUUAACAGAACGUGGAAGUCACAAUUUCAUGAAUAGUAUCAGUACUAGAUACAUUGGAUUU